CAGUCGGAUGUCAGCGUAUCUAGAUUUACCGUAUGCCCAUAUUAUCUCGUCAAAGACGAGAGCGAAGAAAAUAAACAAACUCCGCCCCUUCCUGUCCAUCACACACUUCCUCUUCCCACAGAGACGGGAGAGAACAACAGGAUUGAUUGUAUUGGUGCUGGUGUGUAUUGCUACACCUCUUUACUAAAAGUAUUACGAUGGGAAAAUGGGCGGUCAUCUCUUCGGAUCCAAAGACAGGUCGAGGCCUGUUAGCCAAGUCGGAUUUUCCGAUUGGUUGUUUCCAUAUAAGGAAAAUGAUGCAAUGUUUUCAAACAAAUCAAGCGUAUAUCACGGUUCACGUGUGCAAAUUACUAUUACUACAGAUUUUUUGCGGGAAACGUUCACAACUUUAUCCUGAGAGAGUUCCGAUGUAGUGCUCACAAUGCAACAAUCUUCAAAAGGAAACUCUGGAGAAGAUGUAACGGAAAGUCCCUCAGCAUUUUCAGUGUGUUCAAAGGACGGAAAAAUUAAAAGACCUCAUUCCGGAAAACGCGACAGUGGCUAUCACACGGAUAAUUCGCCAGCAGCUCAUGGAAACCAACUUAUGUUUAAUUUUGAUGACAUCCCCUCGAAAUCGGGUGAUCAUCCUUGUCAUGAAAGUUUUGAAAGUUCCGGUGUGUUUGAUUUAGAAGAACAAUCGUCCGGGGAUACUAGCGAUCAGGAAGUUGAGAUGGUGUUGUCCAACCCUAAUUCCCCUAGGCUUGAGCCAUCGCUGCCUUUGGUCUCUCGUCCCUCCGCACCCCUCCCUGGGGAAAGUGAUAGAGAGAUGCGAUUGGAUUUGAUUCAAGGGAUAGUUAGUGAGCCCCGUCUUAGUAUAUCAUCCCCAUCACAGAAUAGGGGGGUAUCUUUCCAAAGGACCCGCUCACGGAGGCAUGGCUGUUACUUUCGACCUAUUGUUAAUCGGUCUGUGGGAACCCAGACUCCCACCCCCACUUGCCAAAUUCUGAAUGAUGUCAUUGAUCGGUUUCACCCUUAUGGACAUAUACGAGAUUCCCUGACACGAAACCGACACAAUUCAGCAGGGGAACACAAUCCGUCCACCUCUAGUCCUCUCCCGGACAUCAUUCCAGCAUCACGUGACCGCUCGGUGUCCCUCCCCGACGUCCCCUCCCUCCGCCAGCAGCAGGAGCAGGCGGUCGGGAGGGAACUCCGGAGAAUCAGUGACGAGUUUCAUUACGCCUUUACAACACCCCCACGGAGAGCCAGUGUGUUCGGGGGACCGCGGUCGUUUCCGGGCUCCGCCAGGUUUAACAUGGCUAACCUGUGGGAUAGUUUAAGGAACUUCAUUUCCAGUCCGGUGUCAAUUCGCCAUGACAAUGACGAUGAAAACGACCACAUCGAAGAUGAUGUAUUUCCUCCGAAAUGUUGACAACGGAGCCGGAGUACUCCAACGACAUUAUAACAUUGUAUUUUGGAACUCAUUGCUUCCAUUGGGUGCUUUAUGUAAAUUAUGCAAUGGAUUCUAUACUCAAGAGUCCUAUCAAGUUAAUGUCAAACACCGUUAAACGACAAGAAAUUAUUGUAAUUACGAUGAAA